UCUCGGUUGCUCAUCUCUCCGGCGGCGGCGGCGGCAGUGGCAGCGGCGGCGAGCGAGUGAAGGAGAGUGUGAGAGAGAUGGUGUCUGGCUCUGGGAUCUGCGCGCGGCGCGUGGUGGUUGAUGCACGGCAGCAUAUGCUUGGGCGCCUGGCGUCCAUCCUUGCCAAGGAGCUGCUCAAUGGGCAGCGCAUCGUGGUGGUGCGUUGCGAGGAGAUCUGCAUGUCUGGAGGCCUUGUCCGCCAGAAGAUGAAGUUCCUUCGUUUUCUCCGUAAACGGAUGAACACCAAGCCCUCGCAUGGUCCCAUCCACUAUCGAUCCCCGGCCAAGAUCCUCUGGCGUACCAUUCGAGGGAUGAUCCCGCACAAAACAAAGAGGGGAGCAGCAGCUUUGGCAAGGCUGAAGGCAUAUGAAGGUGUGCCUCCUCCGUAUGACAAGAUGAAGCGAAUGGUCAUCCCUGAUGCUCUCAAGGUCUUGAGGCUUCAACCUGGACACAAGUAUUGUCUCCUUGGACGACUGUCAAAGGAGGUUGGAUGGAACCACUAUGAUACCAUCAAGGAGUUGGAGGAGAAGAGGAAGCAAAGGGCACAGGUAACCUAUGAGAGGAGGAAGCAGCUCGCCAAGCUGCGUCUCAAGGCCGAGAAGGCAGCAGAAGAGAAGCUUGGCGCCCAACUAGAUAUCCUGGCUCCUAUAAAAUAUUGAGUGCACCUUCAAUUGAAUUCCUUGUUCUAUUUGAGACAGACUACUCUUGUGGAGGUUCUAAUUUCAAGGCUUGUAGCUCUCAAGGUUUUGUUUGUGAUAGUAUUUUAUUUUUGGUAUCAUUUAUAUUUUUCUUGCACACUUAAUUAUUAGUUGUUUCAUGUUCUGAACACGCUUGAACUUGUUCUGCCAAUGUGCUUUUUUCCAGACUCA